UGUGGAGGCGCUGCCUGCGGCUCAGGCUUCCCAACAGGUUAGCAAGACAAGGAUCCACCCGGCAUUUCGCAGGAAGGGGGGGGGGGGAGCAGAGCGAGAAGGGAAGAGAGCCUUGAUAGAGGACAGAGGGCGGGAGGGAACAAGAGAGGAGCGAGAGAGCGCACCGCGCCGUUUAACAGGAGACUUACUCUUCCUAAUGAAUAUUUAUCCGCCGCUGCUCCACUCUCCCGGCUUCCCUUACCUUUCCGCAGGUCAGUCCAUGGUAUUCCGCUCCCCCUUAGACCUCUAUUCCUCCCACUUCUUGUUGCCAAACUUCGCCGAUUCUCACCACUGCUCCCUACUUCUGGCGAGGAGCGGCGGCGGGAACGGCGCGGGCGGCGGCGGCGGCGGCGGCGCGGGCGGCGGCGGCGGCGGGAACCGUGCGGGAGGCGGCGGUGCUGGCGGAGCAGGCGGCGGCGGCGGCGGCGGCGGCUCCAGGGCCCCCCCGGAAGAGUUGUCCAUGUUCCAGCUGCCCACCCUCAACUUCUCGCCGGAGCAGGUGGCCAGCGUCUGCGAGACGCUGGAGGAGACGGGCGACAUCGAGCGGCUGGGCCGCUUCCUCUGGUCGCUGCCCGUGGCCCCCGGGGCGUGCGAGGCCAUCAACAAACACGAGUCGAUCUUGCGCGCGCGCGCCGUGGUCGCCUUCCACACGGGCAACUUCCGCGACCUCUACCACAUCCUGGAGAACCACAAGUUCACCAAGGAGUCUCACGGCAAGCUGCAGGCCAUGUGGCUCGAGGCGCACUACCAGGAGGCCGAGAAGCUGCGCGGCCGUCCCCUCGGCCCAGUGGACAAGUACCGCGUGCGCAAGAAGUUCCCGCUGCCGCGCACCAUCUGGGACGGCGAGCAGAAGACGCAUUGCUUCAAGGAGCGGACUCGGAGCCUGCUGCGGGAGUGGUACCUGCAGGACCCCUACCCCAACCCCAGCAAGAAACGCGAACUGGCGCAGGCCACCGGCCUCACCCCCACACAAGUAGGCAACUGGUUUAAGAACCGGAGGCAGCGCGACCGCGCCGCGGCGGCCAAGAACAGGCUCCAGCACCAGGCCAUCGGACCGAGCGGGAUGCGCUCGCUGGCCGAGCCCGGCUGUCCCACGCACGGCUCGGCAGAGUCGCCGUCCACGGCGGCCAGCCCGACCACCAGCGUGUCCAGCCUGACGGAGCGCGCGGACACCGGCACCUCCAUCCUCUCGGUAACCUCCAGCGACUCGGAAUGUGAUGUAUGAUAGCCAAGGCCGCCCUCCUCCCCCUCCCCUCCUCCCCCUCGCCUCCCCUCCUCUUCCUUGCCCUCCUCCUCUUCUUCCUCUUCCUCCUCCUCCAUCCCAGAACGAACCGAAAUCAGGAUACACAACCACAUACACAUGUCCACACACUCCCGCCCCAGUCAAAAAUAUACACAAACCAAGCAAAAUAACAGAUUACUACAAACCAUCAACAACCCCCGACCACCAUCUCCGGCGAGGCCAACAGACGGUCGCAGACGCUGCUGUUGGGCAGAAAACAUAAAAGAGGUGACAAUUGUGUACUUUCCAGGACAAGCGCGGCUUCUCCUUUCGGUUCCCACGGACCCGGCACCCCACCUGCAUGACGAUUCAUUUGUAUCUGGGAAAAUAUUCUCUCUAGUUUAAAACGGUCUAAAAAGAGUCGACUGUACAAAAACCAACCACCACCGCGACGGAAGACGACAAAACGACAAAAGCGACACAGACAAAAAGAAAAAAAAAAAAAAACACCACCAUCUCCUUUCUGAAUUUGUUUAAAAAAAAAAAAAAACUCUUUGAGAGGGAAAUAGCAAAUGUUUCUCGCCUUUUGUUGCUCUCUCUCUCUCUUUUUCCUCCUCGCUCUCUUUCUUUCUCUUUCUCCUCUGUUUUUAAGUCCAAGUAUUGGUCCAACAAGAUGCAAUCUUCUGUUUUUUGUUCAGCAGACAAUCAUUUUCUUCGUAAGCACCUUUUUCUCUCCACUCUGUCACUGCCUGUGUGGGUACUGGUUAUAAAUGUGGAAAAAGAAUAGUUAUGACUGUAACAGAUUUUUAUUUUUAUUUCAAAAUUUUAUAUGAAUUAUGUAUAUCUUAAUGAUUGGUCAUUUUCCCAGUUUGUAAUAUAUGUGUAGAAAUUGCCUGUAUAUGAUAUUGCUUUUUCUCUCCCUUUUUCUUUCUUUCUUCUCCCACUUCCCACCUCCCUCCCUGCUCACCUGUCUCUUUCCUUUUUUGGGGUUCCCCUCCUGGCUUGCUGGGUGUCCCAGCCUCGCCGGGCCCUUCUGGGACAAGGCAGGGCAGGCUGGGCUGGGAAGAGGGACCCCGCCGCUAGCAGAAGCGGAGAGUGAGACCGUAGUAUACUUAUGCAAAAGCUAUUUCAAGUAUUUCUUAGCUGCUCUGGAGGUAUCUCUCACCCCCCUUAGGGCGCUUCUACUGUUAUCUUAACUGCGUGUUUAUCUAUAUGUAAAAACUUUCUAAAGCAAAUACAGUAUUCUCCAUUUUCUUAUCACUCCCACA